AUGGCCAUGUUCGAGGUGCAGCACAACCAUCAUGGAGAGGACUUCCAGCGCUUCUUCCAUAAGGGCCGGAGCUCCAUGUCGGCUAUUGAGGAUAGGCGAGCAGAGGAGUUUAGAAGGCAUGUUUGGGCUGUAACCAUGAUUGAUGACGCACCCUUGAAAGGGAACCGCCAAUCGAUUGACCUUGUUCGCCCCGGACCAAACAAACUGAGAUCAAAGAGAGCUAUUGCUUAUGCGGGAACACCAGUCAAGAAAGGGAAUGAUACACAACCACCGAAGAACCAGCUCAAACUCGACACGACAAUGAAGGAUUCUACUGUGGCAGUCCGACCGGUGCAUCCCCCGUCGUUUGGCUCGGCAAAGGACCUGACGACAGUUCAAGAGAAUGCCAUCAAUGCAUUUCUCGCAAACAACCAAGCCCCAGCUGCCAAGCAAGACCAAUUCGGCCCAACAGCGUAUCCUCGUCCAACAUACGCUGUUCUCGAAACUCCACUGGCCGAUCCUAGAAAAAGUCGUGAUGCGGUACCUCGCAGCAGCAUGACCCGUCCACGAGGGCUAUCCAACAAUUCAGUUUCCACAACAUCGUCUUUUCAAUCCAGAGAAACCAUGAGCUCAGCGAGAAGAAGUCCUUCUUGGGGAAGCAGAACAAGCAUGGAGACAACCGAUUCGACUUCUCAAUGGCGACCCGAGUACAUGUACCAACGACCUAUGCCCAUUAAGAAGCAGUCAUCUUCGAGGCCACCUCUACAGCCAAAUGAGCUAUUCUCACGACUACCCGCCGAAAUAUUAUCAGCUAUUCUGGAACAACUUAGAGACCUCCACCUGGGGGACAAAAGCGGAAGCUGUGCGACUUGCUGGAUGCGCGACGUGUCUAACAUUUCCGUAUCUUGUCGCAAGUGGCACAAGCCCGCCCAAACCGCGCUGUACCAACACAUUCAACUUGUAGGCCCAGAUUCUGCCGUCCACAAAAAGAAGUUCAAGAUGGCGCAGGGCGUCCGGAUCAGUAUGCUUCGCCGCGUCCUCCGCUCUAACCCUCACAUCGCCGGAAUCGUCCGCACGCUCAAAGUCCCGGCGCCCGAGAUCGCAGCCAAAGGCACUGGCAUCGCCGAGUACGAGGAUCUCGUAGCAACGCUAGUUAUGGCAUGUCCUAACCUCGAGAGACUUUCCGGUCUGUCAAUUGUUUACGAGCACUCGUUCAGGAAGAUAUUCCAUGCCUUGUCGACAAGAUCCAAGCUAAAGGAGAUGAACUGGCUUAUACGAGCAUCGCCGCAGCAGAAGCAGCAGCCCACCCAACCGAGUACCCAGCAACUCGGCUUGGUUAUGCCAGAAGAGCUCAAUCCCCUCCAAGAAGCAGCAUUUUUGGCCUCUCAUGAUAACUGGUCGCACCUUGAAACACUCACCAUCCACUGUCUCCCUGGAGCAACUCUGACGCCCGAAACACUUCUCACGUCGACCUUGAACAAGCUCCCUAGCCUCAAGCGCCUUCAUCUCUGUAACCUGCCGCCCAACAGCUUCGACGACGCCACGCUUCUAACUCUCCCGCCGCUUGAAACCCUGACGCUCUCCCACAUCAGCGGUAUCACCUCCAACGGUCUAUCAGCAUUCGCGACGCUAUCUGCCAGUACGCCCCUACGCAAGUUGACUCUUCGGCACUCGCCUAUGACCUCUCUGGCUGUCCUAGCACGCAUCUUGUCCAAUCUGAGAAAUCUCGUCAACUUCUCACUCGUCCAGGCUUUUCCUCCUGUCAUGCCAGAGAACGAUAGUUUCGCACUUUGGAUGAUGCCAUAUCUAGCUAGCAAUAGUCUCCAGACGUUACACUGGGACAUCACCAGCCAUGCUACAUGCGUCAAUGCCGCAGACGACAUCCUUGCCCGGAGCAUCGCCGCGAGUGGUUUCCCUGCUUUGCGGACCCUUCGAGCUCUGAACGAUCCAGACGGCAUCUUCCAGGAUCUCUGUUACCCCGUGGAAAGAAUCGAUCUUCCCUCAGACCGCUUUCGACCUACCGAACAAUCCGAGAGCUCAUCGCCCUUCGCGUUCACACCAAGCUCCUCAGCGAGCCCCAUGUCGCCCACGCGUCUAUUCAAGUCCUCCAACAACUCACCGGCUUCCUCCCCACGGACCCCAGCGUCGCCCUUCAGUGACAUGCGUCGUAAGACCUGCACCAAUCUCCACACCGCACGCCUCGCCGCCCAAGCCCGCCUCGACGCGGCGCGCUCCCGGCCACGCUUCACCGUCAACGUGAUCGACGAAGACGGCACGACCAACGAGACAUUCUCCAUGGCCGGUUUCAUUGGCACGGCUAGAAGUCCUAUCAAAUACCACCUCCACCCUGAUAUGGGCACCACAGACGACAAAGGUGGUCUCAUAGACGUGCGCGACCUUGACUGCGACGCAGGCGAGAGCCUUGCUGGUGGACGAGAAGGCUGCACUGGUCGCUGGAACCAGCGCGAUGGUGUUGUGGCGGACAAGAAGGAGAAAGAAAAAUGGUGGCACACGGAGAGAGGUCGCUGGACGAAAGUGAUGCUGUAA